ACCAACCAGAAAAUGAGCUUACUAUCUAAAUGUGUGCCUACACAUGAAUUAUUUUAGCAAUAGCCACAUACCCACUCUCAUUCAUAUAAUUAAAGCAGUAUCUUAUAUUACCCUCUACAAAUGUGUGCCUUCAUAUGCAUUAUUUAGCAAUAAGUGUAAUAGCCCCAUAAACUCUCUGUUCAGAGGUUCCACUGUAUACUAUAGGCAUUGGAAGUUAAAGCUAGUUGGCUACCAUGUUAUUACGAGGUGUAAUAAUAAUAUUGUACGAUGUGACAACUUACGAUUGCCGCAGGCA